AAUAGAAGCUGAAGAAGAAAGACACAUAAAAUACUUCAUGCCCAGUGAACACUGAUAGUUAGUUGCUUGCUGCUGCUGAAGAGUGGAGUCUUUUGAUUUCUUACCCUAGAAAUCAAAAUGAGCUGGUGGUGGGCUGGAGCUGUUGGGGCUGCGAAGAAAAAGUUGGAAGGAGCUGAUACCACAGCACCAGAAGGCUACCAAAGCGUGGCGCUAGUGAUCGGCGUGACGGGCAUCGUGGGCAACAGCCUGGCAGAGAUCCUCCCGCUCCACGACACGCCCGGCGGUCCCUGGAAGGUGUACGGCGUCGCGCGCCGUCCCCGCCCCGAUUGGAACGUUGACCACCCCGUUGACUACAUCCAAUGCGACAUCUCGGACCCGGAAGACACCCAAGCCAAGCUCUCCGAAUUAACCGACGUCACCCACAUCUUCUACGUGACGUGGACCAGCAGAGCCAAUGAGAUCGAGAAUUGCGAGGCCAACGGCGCAAUGUUCCGCAACCUCCUACGUGUCGUGAUCCCAGUGGCUCCUAAUCUCCGCCACGUCAGCCUCCAAACGGGCACCAAACACUACCUUGGGCCGUUCGAGUGCAUUGGCAAGAUUAAAGCCCAUGACCCGCCUUUCACCGAGGACCUGCCGAGGCUGGACGUGCCCAAUUUUUACUACACUUUGGAGGACAUAUUGUUUGAAGAGGUCCAGAAAAAAGAGGGCCUGACUUGGUCCGUCCACAGGCCCUAUAACAUUUUUGGGUUUUCUCCUCACAGCUUGAUGAACAUAAUUGGGACGCUUUGUGUCUACGCUGCUAUAUGCAAGAAAGAGGGCAAACCCCUGAAGUUUCCCGGCAGCAAAGUGGCUUGGGAGUGUUAUGCGAUGGCCUCGGACGCUGACCUGAUAGCGGAGCAGCACAUAUGGGCGGCGGUGGACCCGAAUGCCGCAAACGAAGCGUUUAAUAUAAACAAUGGGGAUGUGUUUAAGUGGAAGCAGUUUUGGAAGGGGUUGGCGGAGCAGUUUGGGAUUGAGGAGCAUGGGUUUUAUGAGGAGGAGGAGGGUGAGGGGAGGUUGAGCUUGGUGGAGAUGAUGAAGGGGAAGGAGGGCGUGUGGGAGGAGAUUGUGAAGGAGAAUGAGCUGCAGCCUACGAAGCUGGAGGAGGUCGGAGUGUGGUGGUUUGCUGACUAUGUGUUGGGUGGGGAGGCUGUUUUGGACAGUAUGAAUAAGAGCAAGGAGCAUGGGUUUUUGGGGUUUAGGAACUCCUACAAGUCUUUCAUUUCAUGGAUUGAGAAGAUGAAAUCUUACAAGAUUGUACCACUAAUAGCUUGCGUCAUAUGCGAAGAAAAAGAUGGGGCCUUUUGUUCUCUUCCCUAUAAAAACAGAGAAGCCACAAAACAAAACACAACACCGAUUGUCACUUGUGGCUUCUCUUCUCUUCUCUUGAGGGCUUUUCAUUUCAACCCAAAAAUCAGAAUGAGCUGGUGGUGGGCUAGAGCUGUUGCCGAUGCCAAGAAGAAAUAUCAAGGAGUUGACACGUCAUUACCACAAGGCCAAAGGAGUGUGGGGCUUGUGAUCGGCGUGACGGGCAUAGUGGGUAACAGCCUAGCUGAGAUCCUCCCUCGCCCUGACACACCCGGCGGCCCGUGGAAGGUGUACGGCGUCGCCCGCCGUCCCCGCCCAAAAUGGAACGCCGACUAUCCCGUUGACUAUAUCCAGUGCGACAUCUCGGACCCGGAAGACACAAAGGCCAAGCUCUCUAAAUUAACCGAUGUCACGCACAUAUUUUACGUGUCAUGGGCCAACAAAGCCACCGAGGUCGAAAAUUGCGAGGCCAACGGGGCCAUGCUCCGCAACGUGUUAGGUGUCGUGAUCCCUGUGGCGCCAAAUAUCCGCCACGUGUCGUUACAAACUGGCACCAAACACUAUGUUGGUCCGUUCGAGUCAUUUGGCAAGAUCAAAGCCCAUGACCCGCCUUUUACUGAGGACCUGCCGAGGCUGGACGUUUCCAAUUUCUAUUACACUCAGGAGGACAUAUUGUUUGAUGAGGCUAAGAAGAAGGAGGGGUUGAGUUGGUCGGUCCAUAGGCCCAAUACCAUUUUUGGGUUUUCUCCUUAUAGCUUGAUGAACGUAAUUUGGACGCUUUGCGUCUACGCUGCUAUAUGUAAGCAUGAGAAGAAGCCUUUGAAAUUUCCCGGAAGCAAAGCGGCUUGGAAUUGCUUCUCGGUGGCUUCGGAUGCGGAUUUGAUCGCGGAGCAGCAUAUCUGGGCGGCUGUGGAUCCGUAUGCAAAAAACGAAGCGUUUAAUGUGAACAAUGGGGAUGUGUUUAAAUGGAAGCAUGUUUGGAAGGUGUUGGCGGAGCAGUUUGGGAUUGAGGAGUAUGGGAUUGAUGAGGAAGAGGGUGAGAGGAGGUUGAGCUUGGUGGAGAUGAUGAAGGGGAAAGGUGGUGUGUGGGAAGAGAUUGUGAAGAAGAAUAAGCUGCAGCCAACAAAGUUGGAGGAGGUAGGGGUUUGGUGGUUUGCUGACAUCGUGUUGUGUGUUGAGUCUGCGUUGGACAGUAUGAACAAGAGCAAGGAGCAUGGCUUUUUGGGUUUCAGAAAUUCCCAAGAGUCCUUCACUUCCUGGGUUCAAAAGAUGAAAGCUUACAAGAUUGUUCCAUGAUGUGUAAGUUGUGUUUGAUAGAUCUAGGGAGAGAAACAGCUCAUGUAUACAAAUAAGUAGAAGAGAGUUUUCUCGUUUUAUAAUAUGGUUUAUUAGUACUU